GUGUUUUUGCGACUUCCAUUAAUUGAACAAUUCCGCUAACACUGCUGUUAAUCUUGCGGAGCACCUUUUUAUAAACCAAAAUGUCUUUGUAUAAAGCACUUUUGCCUUGUAAAGUUUGGCGUAAUGCACUUGUCCCUUCAAGAUGUGCAACUGUUUAUAAUCCAAUAGUUGAGAAAAUUACCAAAAAGAGAGAAGCGGCUUUGCUUGGAGGAGGACCAAAACGCAUAGAGAGCCAGCACAAAAAAGGUAAAUUAACUGCACGAGAACGAAUUCAUUUACUUCUAGAUGAAGGAUCCUUUCACGAAUAUGAUAUGUUUGCUGAGCACAGUUGUCAUGAAUUUGGAAUGAAUGAACAAAAGUUUGCUGGUGAUAGUGUUGUAACAGGGCAUGGAAAAAUUCAUGGAAGACCUGUGUUCUUGUUUAGUCAGGAUUUUACAGUUUUUGGUGGCAGUCUAUCCAUGACACAUGCAAAUAAAAUAUGCAAGAUAAUGGAUAAAGCUGUUAUGCUGGGUUAUCCUGUUAUUGGUCUAAAUGAUUCAGGUGGUGCUCGUAUUCAAGAAGGCAUUGACUCAUUGGCUGGUUAUGCCAAUAUCUUUCAACGCAAUGUAUCUGCAUCAGGUGUUGUUCCUCAAAUUUCUCUUGUUAUGGGCCCUUGUGCAGGAGGUGCAGUCUACUCACCAGCAAUUACUGACUUUACUUUUAUGGUAAAGGAUACUUCAUAUUUGUUCAUAACUGGUCCUGAGGUUGUUAAGACUGUAACAAAUGAAGAUGUAAGUUUUGAAGAACUUGGAGGGACUAAAGUACAUACAACUAUAUCAGGUGUUGCCUCUGGUGAUUUCGAAAAUGAUGUACACGCUUUAUCUCAAUUACGUGAAUUUUUUGAUUACCUACCAUUAAGUAAUAAAGAUGAAGCUCCGAUUAGAGUUUGCCAUGAUCCACGUGAUCGGUUAUGUCCAAUGUUAGAAAAGAUUGUACCAUUAGAUCCAAUGAAAGGAUAUGAUAUGAAAGAAAUUAUGAAAGCUGUUGCUGAUAAUGGUGAAUUCUUUGAAAUCCAAUCCAAGUGGGCUGAAAAUAUUAUUAUAGCGUUUGCUCGCAUGAAUGGUAAAACUGUUGGUUUUGUUGGAAAUCAGCCAUUAAAACAAGCUGGAUGCUUGGACAUCAAUGCAUCGACAAAAGCAGCUCGUUUUGUGCGCUUUUUGGAUUGUUUUAAUAUUCCAAUUAUUACUUUUGUUGAUGUUCCUGGAUUUCUGCCAGGUGUUCAUCAAGAACAUGGUGGUAUUAUUCGUCAUGGUGCAAAACUUUUAUAUGCAUAUGCUGAAGCCACUGUUCCAAAGAUCACAUUUAUUACUAGAAAGGCUUAUGGUGGUGCUUAUGAUGUCAUGAGUUCUCAACAUUUAAGAGGAGAUACCAAUUAUGCGUGGCCAACUGCUGAAGUUGCUGUAAUGGGAGCCAAGGGAGCUGUGCAAAUUAUCUUUCGAGGAAAAGAUCCCGAAAAAAUGGCUCACGAUGAAAAAGAAUAUGUUGACAGAUUCGCCAACCCAUUUCCUGCAGCUGUAAGAGGAUACAUAGAGGAUAUUGUACAUCCAAGCAACACUCGUGCGCUUAUAUGUAACGACUUAGAAUUACUGACAAAAAAAGACCUUAAGAAUCCAUGGAAAAAACAUGGUAACAUUCCACUGUAAAAGAUAAAAUAUAAACUUUUUGUUCUGUGAAAUUUAAGUGUCUAAACCAAAUGGGAAAUCAAAUAUAAGAAAUUUUUUUUA